AUGUGCGUGAUCUUCUGGACGACCUCCUCACCGGCAUAUUCGCUCGUCAUCGCCUCGAAUCGGGACGAGUUCCUGUCCCGCCCGACCCUGCCCGCCUCGUGGCACGACUUCUCCAACGGUCGCUCCUCCUCAUCUUCCUCGUCCAUCCUCAGCGCGCGCGACUCAACAGGGGGCGGAACAUGGCUGGGUAUCACGCGCAAUGGGGCCUUUGCAACGCUGACCAACUUCACGGAGCUCUCUGCACCUUUACCCCCCGGUUUGGAUGCGUUCGAGUCUCGGGGUCGGCUCGUGCGGGACUGGCUCUCCCACGCCUCGACCAGAAGCCCAGCGAAGUCUGUGGGAGAGGCAGAGAUGGAGGUGCACGAGUACUUGGCGAGAGUGGGCGAGAAGGGAGAGAGGUUCCCAGGAUUCAACCUGCUCAUUGGCCUACCUUCCGAUGAAGGAACUGUGGUUGGGUACAUUACGAAUCGCACUGCUGAUGGGCAGGUCGAGCGGGGGAGAGAAGGAGACAUCUUCCUCCCGACCACACAGAGUCCAGCGGGAAUGUCCAAUUCCACCCUCACCAACCCCUGGGCCAAAGUCACCUCCGGCUCCGCACGCUUCAACGUUAUCCUCGCCCAAGCCCCGCAAGACGACCAAGAUGCGGUAGUGGAACAGCUAUUUGAUCUACUCUGGACAUCCUCCACUCCGAAACCAGCGCAAAGGUCCGAGCUGAGAAACUCGGUGUUGAUCUCGCCCCUCGAGCUACCUGCAGCGACAGAGGGCGGGAGGGACUGGUACGCCACGAGAACAAGCACCGUGAUCGUAGUCGGGAGAGACGGACGCGCGAGACUGGUGGAAAGGGACACGUUCAGGAUUGAGAAUGGCGAAGCUGUGUUGGUCAACGGACCGGAGGGGAGCGGUGCGGUACAGGGGAGGAGUGGCGGGGAGCGGGUGUUCGAAUGGCACAUUGGAUAG